AUGUCUGUUUGGGGCGCUUCCCAGCAAGGAAAAUUUACCCCACGGGAUAUCGCCAAGUCGUUGCGACUUCAGUCUUCAGGUCCUGAUAUCUCGCCCGUGACGCCAGCUAGUGGAUCCAGCGUCAGUCCAUGGGACUCAUCAAGGCAAAGUAGCUGUAUCUGGGGAAAAGAUACGGCUCUUUGGAUCGUGAAAACGAUACCAUUUUCCUUUUUGAACGGUCUAUUGGUAAAUAAUCCAGCAGUACGGAGUAAUUGGAAGGAUGAGGAGAUGUCGCGUGUACCGGCAAAAUGCGAGUUCCAUAAGCCUCUCGUUCCCAUCUCUCUUAUCAAGCAUCUGGAGACCGGCGCUGAGGAGAGUGACACAGCAGAUGCCCGACGCAAACGGAUUUAG